AUGAGCAUUCAGACAGCCAAAAAAGUUGUGUGGAAAAAGUACAAGGUUGCUGUGCCUCGGGACACCGACAGGCAGACCUGUUACCCUCUGCUGGAUGAACACAAUGAUGUACAGAAGAAGAGCUUUACAAAAUGGAUAAAUGCUCGGUUUUCCAAGAGUGGGAAGCCCCCAGUUAAGGACAUGUUCACAGACCUGAAAGAUGGAAGGAAGCUUUUGGACCUUUUGGAGGGUCUGACGGGGAAACCUCUGCCUAAAGAACGAGGUUCCACACGAGUACAUGCAUUAAACAACGUCAACAGAGUACUGCAGGUCUUGCAUCAGAACAAUGUGGAGUUGGUGAAUAUUGGAGGAACUGACAUCGUUGAUGGAAAUCACAAGCUGACGCUGGGGCUGCUGUGGAGCAUUAUCUUGCACUGGCAGGUGAAGGAUGUCAUGAAGAACAUCAUGUCAGAUUUGCAGCAGACCAACAGUGAGAAGAUCCUACUGAGCUGGGUUCGGCAGUCCACAAGACCUUACAGUCAAGUCAACGUUUUGAACUUCACUACAAGCUGGUCAGAUGGACUUGCCUUUAAUGCUGUCAUCCAUAGACACAAACCUGAGCUGUUUAGCUGGGAUAAAGUUCUAAAGUUGUCCCCAGCUGAAAGACUGGAACAUGCUUUCAACAUAGCCAAGAACCACUUAGGAAUUGAGAAACUCUUGGAUCCUGAAGAUGUUGCUGUACAGCUUCCAGACAAAAAGUCUAUUAUUAUGUAUUUAACCUCUUUGUUUGAGGUCCUUCCUAAGCAAGUCACAAUGGAAGACAUUCGGGAGGUGGAAACCCUUCCAAGGAGAUACAAACAGGAAUGUGAGGAUGGAGAGUUCAAUAUGCAGCAGACUGUAGCACUUGAAGAGGAGCAGGACAGUUCUAGAGCAGAGACUCCCAGCACAGUGACAGAGGUGGAUAUGGACUUGGAUAGCUACCAAGUUGCUCUGGAAGAAGUUCUUACGUGGUUGCUGUCAGCUGAGGAUGCAUUUCGGGAACAGGAGGAAAUAUCUGGUGAUGUUGAGGAAGUCAAAAGUCAAUUUUCCACUCAUGAAUGUUUUAUGAUGGAACUGACUGCGCACCAGAGCAGUGUGGGCAAUGUUCUGCAGGCUGGAAACCAACUGGUGGCCCAGGGAAAUCUGUCACCUGAAGAGGAGUUUGAGAUCCAGGAGCAAAUGCUGCUACUGAACUCCCGCUGGGAGGAACUCAGGGUGGAGAGCAUGGACAGGCAGUCCCGCCUGCAUGACACGCUGAUGGAGCUCCAGAAGCAGCAGUUGCAGCAGCUCUCUGACUGGCUGACAGUCACUGAAGAACGCAUUCAGAAGAUGGAAUCUCAGCUCUUAGCGGAAGAUUUGGAAUCUCUUCAAAAACAGCUAGAAGAACAUAAGAGCCUGCAGAGUGACCUAGAGGCAGAGCAGGUGAAGGUAAACUCCCUAACACACAUGGUUGUCAUUGUUGAUGAAAGCAGUGGGGAAAGUGCAACUGCUGUUCUGGAGGAACAAUUGCAGAGGCUUGGCGAGCGCUGGACAGCGGUUUGUCGUUGGACUGAGGAUCGACGCGUCAAGCUGCAAGAAAUUCAGCUUUUAUGGCAGGAGCUGCUGGAAGAACAGUGCUUAUUGAAAGCUUGGUUAACUGAGAAAGAAGAGGCUUUGAGUAAGGUCCAGACAAGCAACUUCAAGGAUCAAACAGACCUGAGUGUGAAUGUUCGAAAACUAGCAAUUUUGAAAGAGGACAUGGGUAUGAAACGACAAACACUAGACCAGCUGAAUGAGCUAGGUCAGGAUGUGGCCCAAAUCCUUGGGAAUGGCAGAGCAUCCAGUAAAAUUGAUCAGGAUCAAGAAGAGCUAACUCAGAGGUGGGACAGUUUGGUUCAGAAGCUAGAGGAUUACUCUAACCAGGUAACUCAAGCUGUAGGAAGCAUAGGGAUGUCACAGGUUUCACAGAAGACUGCUGCAGAAACAUCACCACUGAAGGAACAGGUCAUGGUUAAACAAUCUAGACAGGAGCUGCCCCCACCACCACUCCCCAAGAAAAGGCAAAUUUCAGGGGACAGUGAAGCAAAGAAAAGGUUUGAUGCAGAAAGUGCUGAGCUCUUGAACUGGAUUUCAAAAUCAAAAUCUGCCAUUCAGGCCACAGACAUCAAAGAAUACAAGAAGAUGAGAGACACUUCAAACAUGAAAGAAAAGUUGAAGGUGAUUGAAAAAGAAAGACUUGAAAAAAGUCAAAAGUUAGAUGAACUGAAACGAAGUGGACAUAUUCUUUUGGAUCAAAUGGGAAAGGAAGGACUUUCUACAGUGGAUAUAAAAACUGUGAUGGAGAAAAUAUCAUCAGAGUGGAAAGAUGUGAUUCAAAAUUUAGACGAAGUGGCCCGAAAGUUAAAGUACCAGGAAGAUAUAAAUGCUUAUUUGAAGGAAAUGAGUGAGCUUGAAAAGACUUUAAUUGAGAAGGAUGACUGGCUUAGAAAUGUUGCUUCUUCAGCAUCCCAGCCCUCAGCAGUCCUGAAGGACUUAUGUCAGCAGGAGUUAACUCACCUUGUAAGCCUGAGUACACGGUUGGAACACCUGAAAACUACUUGCAAGGCACUCACCUCUCAGCCUCUGCCUCCAAAUUUCAUUCAGGAGAACUUGAAUGAUUUUCUUGAUCACUUCAAGUUGACUCGUCAGAAACUGGAGGAACAUCACCAACAGCUGAAGAAAGAGACGGAGAGCCAGCCGAGCCAGGAGUACAUGGAGUUCCUGCAGCAGCUGAAGGACAUGCUGAGUGAGCUGGAGAGCAAGCAACAGUCCAUCACCAGUGGACUGAGUGAACCCAGUAAGGUUGAGAAGGCUCUGCAGCAGGCAAAGACAGUUUGUGAGACACUGGAAGCCCAGAAGCCCAGGAUAGAUCAACUUGCUGAAGAAACAAAGGCUUUGGAGAAACAUGCUGCUUUGGAUGUAAAAAACAUCUACAUGCAAGAGUUCAAGUAUGUGCAGGGACACUGGGACAAGUUAAAGCUCAAGAUUUCCAAAGAUGUUAAACUAUUGGAGGAAGUUACAUCCAAAUUGAGGUUAUUUGAGACUGACUCAAAAGUUGUCCAGAAGUGGAUGGAUGGUGUGAAAGACUUCUUAAUGUCAGAAAAGGCUGUUCAAGGAGAUACUGAAGGACUUCAAAGACAACUUGACCAGUGCACACUGUUUGUCAAUGAAAUGGAGACAAUUGAACCAUCACUGAAAGAGAUGAAAGAAGUGGAGUCUGCUUUAAGAGCUCAGCCUAUUGCAAGCAUAAAUACUUGGACAAAGUCUAGGCUAGUAGACUGCCAGACUCAGUGGGAGAAACUGAGCAAACUGAUCAUUAGUCAGAAAAAUCGCCUGUCUGAAAGUCAGGAAAAAGCUGUAAAUCUGAAGAAGGAUUUGGCAGAGAUGCAAGAAUGGAUGACCCAAGCUGAAGAAGAAUAUUUGGAGAAAGAUUUUGAAUACAAGUCACCAGAAGAGCUAGAGAAUGCGGUAGAGGAAAUGAAGAGAGCGAAGGAGGAUGUGUUGCAGAAGGAGGUGCGGGUGAAGAUUCUCAAAGACAACAUCAAGAUGUUAGCCACCAAAGUGCCGUCAAGUGGUCAGGACCUGGCGACUGAGUUGAAUGUUGUGCUGGAGAACUACCAGCUACUGUGCAAUCGGAUCCGGGGGAAAUGCCACACUUUGGAGGAGGUGUGGUCCUGUUGGAUUGAGCUACUUCAGUAUCUUGAUUUAGAAACAGCUUGGCUAAACAAUCUGGAAGAAAGGGUGCAAAUGACAGGAAAUCUGCCUGAUAAAUUGGAUGCUGUCAGUGAUGCUCUUGAGUCGCUGGAAUCAGUCUUGCGUCAUCCAGCUGAUAAUCGAACCCAGAUUCGGGAACUUGGGCAGACGCUGAUUGAUGGAGGGAUUCUUGAUGACAUCAUCAGUGAAAAAUUGGAAGCUUUCAACGCCCGCUAUGAGGAAUUGAGUCACUUGGCAGUGAGCCGGCAGAUUGCCUUGGAACAACAGCUUCAGACCAUGAGGGAAACCGACCACAUGUUGCAGGUCUUGCAGGAAAACUUAACAGAGCUGGAUAGACAGCUGACAUCUUACCUGACUGAUAGGAUAGAUGCCUUUCAGAUGCCCCAGGAGGCCCAGAAGAUUCAAGCAGAGAUUGCAGCUCAUGAAUCCACUUUAGAGGAGCUCAAGAAAAGUGCUCGCUCUUGCCCUCCUGCUUCUCCUGAAUGCAGAUCUCCCCGGGGUGGAACACAGCUGGAUGCUUUGCAGAGAAAGCUCCGUGAAGUAUGUACAAAGUAUCAGCUUUUCCAGAAACCAGCCAAUUUUGAGCAGCGCAUGUUGGAUUGCAAGCGAGUGUUGGAUGGUGUAAAAGCAGAACUUCAUGUCUUGGAUGUGAAGGAUACUGAUCCAGAUGUAAUCCAGUCUCACCUGGAAAAGUGCAUGAAACUCUACAAGACCCUGAGUGAGGUGAAGUUGGAGGUUGAAACUGUCAUCAAGACAGGAAGGCAGAUUGUACAGAAACAACAAACAGAUAAUCCCAAAGGGAUGGAUGAACAACUGACAGCAUUGAAAUUUCUUUACAAUGACUUGGGAGCACAGGUGACAGAAGGAAAACAAGACCUUGAAAGAGCAACCCAGCUGGCACGCAAAAUGAAGAAAGAGUCUGCCUCUUUGUCGGAGUGGCUAGCUAACACUGAAGCUGACCUCGUGCAGAAGUCCACUUCAGAGAGUUUGCUUUCUGAUCUAGAUUCAGAAAUUGCCUGGGCAAAAAAUGUGUUGAGGGAGCUGGAGAGGAGAAAAACUGAUCUGAAGAGCAUUACGGAAAGUUGCACUGUGCUCCAGUCUCUGGUGGAAGGGAGUGAGACUGUUCUGGAGGAGAAGCUGUGUGUCCUUAAUGCUGGCUGGAGCAGAGUUAGGACCUGGACUGAGGACUGGUGUGACACCUUGUUGAAUCAUCAGGGCCAGCUGGAAAUUUUUGAUGAAAAUGUUGCCCACAUAAGUACUUGGUUGUAUCAGGCCGAAGCUUUGCUGGAUGAGAUUGAGAAAAAGUCAGCUAGCAAAAAGGAGGAAACUGUGAAGCGUUUAACUUCUGAAUUAGAUGACGUUAGUCUUCGAGUGGAUAAUGUACGAGACCAGGCUAUCAUCUUAAUGAAUGGUCGGGGGGUGUCAUGCCGUGAACUUGUGGAACCCAAACUGGCAGAACUGAACCGUAAUUUUGAGAAGGUCUCUCAGCACAUCAAAAGUGCCAAGAUGCUUGUUGGACAAGAGCGACUUCCUGUCAUGUCAGAGCCCCAUGAAGCCAGAGUAGGUUUUCCAGACCUGGAAAAAUUUGAGAGUGAUAUACAGAAUAUGUUAAAAGUUGUGGAAAAGCAUCUGGAGUUGAGUGGGGAAGAUGAAAAGGUGGAUCAAGAAAGAGCUCAGAUUGAAGAAGUUUUACAGAGAGGUGGGCAGCUGCUACAGCAGCCUAUGGAGGACCAUCAGAGAGAGAAGAUGCGCAUACAGCUGUUGCUUCUGCAGAAGAAGUACAACAGUGUGCAGGAGUGCAGGUCAUUUCAGAGAAGGCAGGCGGUAGAACUCUCUCCAGUGUUUUCCCAAUAUAAGAAGGAACAUGACAGUCUAAUGAAGUGGCUGGAUGAGGCUGAGGACCGUCUGUUAGGGCUGCAAGGUGUGGAAGAUGAACAGAAGCUACAGGCAAUUCCUGUCCAGCAGAGGUUAAAAGGCCCAUUUGCCACAGGGGUCAGGACCAUGCCUUUUUCAGCUGAGUACUUGGUUGAAAUCAACAAAGUUUUGCUGUCCAUGGCUGAUGUUGAACUGCUGCUGAAUUCACCAGAGCUAAAUACUGGCAUCUAUGAGGAUUUUUCAGCUCAGGAAGAUGCACUGAAGAAUAUAAAAGAUAUUCUGGAUAAACUUGGGGAUCAAAUUGCAGUCAUACAUGAGAAGCAGCCUGAUGUUAUUUUAGAAGCAUCUGGACCUGAGGCAAUACAGAUAGGAGAUGCACUAACCCAGCUGAAUGCGGAAUGGGACAGAAUUAAUCGAAUGUACAAUGAUCGUAAGUGUUGCUUUGAUAGAGCAAUUGAGUCAUGGAGGCAGUUCCACUGUGAUCUCAAUGAUCUCUCCCACUGGAUAACGGAAGCUGAAGUGUUACUAGCUGAAGCUCGUGGUCCAGAUGGCAGCCUGGAGCUGCAGACAGCUGGACUGCAUCAGCAGGAACUUGAAGAGGGAGUCAGCAGCCAUCAGACCAGUGUUUCAGCACUGAACAGAACUGGGGAAGGGAUUAUACAGAAACUACCUGCUACAGAUGGGAGUUUCCUACAGGAGAAGCUGGCAGGACUGAAUAGGCGCUGGAAAGCAAUCACUACAGAGGUCAUGGAUAGACAACAGAGGCUAAAAGGAGAUAAUCAGCAGGUGAUAGACUAUAGAAAGAAGCUUGAAGAGCUGCGAUGCUGGUUGGAAAAUGUAGAAAAUGCUCUGGACACAAGAUUUACAUUUGACCAUGAAGAAAACUUGCAAGAAUUACAGGUCUUAAGUGAAGAGAUGGAAUUACAGGGCGACAAACUGGAAUGGCUGAACAGAACUGAACCUGAAGUGCUUUUGGAUAAAAAUGUUGAUCUUCAGGAAAAAAACAAACUUUCCAAUUGCCUGCAGUCCCUCAACAUGAGGUGGAAUAAGGUAUUCAGAGAAGUGCCUGACAGAGUAAGAGAAUUGGAGGCAUUUGUUGGGCAAUCUCGUCUUCUUACACAGACAAAGCCUCCUGAUAUCCAAAAGGUGGUGCUAGCAUCUUCUUCAUUGGAAAUUCCUGUUCAGACUCAGCAGGCUUUGGAACUUUCUGCACCUGCUGAUCUGGAUAAAACUAGAACUGAGCUGGCUGACUGGUUGGUAUUGAUUGACCAGAUGCUCAAAUCAAAUAUAGUCACUGUGGGAAAUACCGAAGAGAUCAAUCGGACUAUUGCGCGAAUGAAAAUAACAACUGCAGAUAUGGACCAUCGGCAUCCUCAGCUUGAAUCUUGUUUUACAUUGGCUCAGAAUUUGAAAAAUAAAACUUCCAGUUCAGACAUUAGGACAGAGAUCACAGAAAAAAUGGAGAAGCUGAAGAGCCAGUGGGACAAUACCCAGCAUGGCGUGGAGGUGCGGCAGCAGCAGCUGAAGUACAUGCUGACAGACAGCUUGCAGUGGCAUGAGCAGAGGCAAGAAAUGGAGCACCUGAUGGAGCAGUGCGAGAUCCGUCUGCGCAUGCUCCUGCAGGCCCCAAAAGAGACACUUGCCAAGCAGAUUUCAGAGAGCAAA